UAAAUAGACAGUCAUUCUAGGCUAUAUCUCACACAUCAUCUAUAACGAGCUUACACAGCAAUGGAGACUCGUAACUUGACUGUCAAGCAAGUUUCCUACUGCCUUUUUCUUAGCAUUUUUGUAAUCUUCAGUUUCCAAGCUCAUUUCUCUGAAGCAGAAACUCACUACCGAGAGUUUGUUAUUCAAGCUAAACCAGUGAAGAGGCUGUGCAGAACCCAUAACACAAUUACAGUGAAUGGACUGUUUCCAGGACCAACAUUGGAAGUGCGCGAUGGCGAUACUCUUGUGAUCAAAGCAGUAAAUAAUGCUAGAUACAAUGUUACCCUCCACUGGCAUGGAAUCCGACAGCUGCGAAAUCCGUGGGCGGAUGGACCUGAUCGUGUCACUCAAUGCCCCAUCCGACCAGGAAGGAGUUAUACAUACCGGUUCACAAUUGAAAAUCAAGAGGGGACUUUGUGGUGGCAUGCUCAUAGCAGAUGGCUUAGAGCCACCGUUUAUGGUGCUCUAAUCAUUCAUCCUAAAUUGGGUUCUCCAUAUCCAUUCCCUAUGCCCAGGACAGAAAUUCCCAUUCUUCUCGGGGAGUGGUGGGACAGGAACCCUAUGGAUGUCUUGAGGAUAGCAGAUUUCACAGGUGCAGCACCAAAUAUAUCCGAUGCUUAUACCAUCAAUGGCCAACCUGGCGAUCUCUAUAGAUGCUCAAAGCAAGAAACUGUGAGAUUUCCUGUGGGUUCUGGGGAAACAAUCCUCCUAAGGGUCAUAAAUUCUGCCCUGAACCAAGAACUCUUCUUUGGAGUGGCCAACCAUAUACUGACAGUAGUUGCUGUAGAUGCUGCCUACACCAAACCUUUCACAACCUCAGUCAUCAUGAUAGCUCCUGGUCAGACAACUGAUGUCCUCCUCACUGCUGAUCAAACCCCAGGUCACUACUACAUGGCAGCUCGUGCCUAUAACUCAGCCAACGCACCUUUUGACAAUACCACCACAACUGCAAUCCUUGAAUACAAGACAGCUCCUCGCAAUGCCAAGAAAGGAAAGCAGUCAACACCCAUCUUCCCACGACUCCCAGGCUUCAACGACACAAACAGUGCGAUUGCAUUCACUUCCCGUCUAAGGAGCCCUUCCAAGGUUAAAGUCCCACUUCAGAUUGAUGAAAACCUAUUUUUUACAGUGGGGCUAGGACUCAUCAACUGCACCAAUCCUAAUAGCCCUCGCUGCCAAGGUCCAAAUGGAACUCGUUUCGCAGCUAGCAUAAACAAUAUGUCUUUUGUACUCCCAAAAAGAAACUCACUAAUGCAGGCCUACUACCAAGGCCAACCUGGAAUCUUUACCACAGACUUUCCACCUGUCCCCCCUGUAAAAUUUGAUUACACUGGCAACGUCAGCCGAGGACUAUGGCAGCCUGUUAAAUCAACUAAGCUUUACAAAUUGAAAUUUGGUGCGAAGGUACAAAUAGUGUUGCAGGAUACCAGUAUAGUCACAGUUGAGGACCACCCAAUGCAUCUCCAUGGAUACCAUUUCGCAGUUAUAGGGUCAGGCUUUGGUAACUUCAACCCUCAAACAGAUCCAGCAAGGUUCAACCUCAUUGAUCCACCAUAUAGGAAUACCAUUGGAACCCCUCCUGGUGGAUGGGUAGCCAUCCGGUUCGAGGCUGAUAAUCCAGGAAUCUGGUUCAUGCACUGUCAUUUAGAUUCACAUCUCAAUUGGGGUUUGGGUAUGGCUUUUCUAGUUGAGAAUGGAGUUGGCAAGUUGCAGUCUGUACAGCCUCCCCCACUUGAUCUGCCUCGGUGUUAAAGAUCACACCAUUAAAAGGCUCACCAACAAUUGCAUCUAGUCUUCUCAGUUGAUGAUCAAUUUACAGUUUCUAAAGUCAGUCCUAAGAUAUAAAUGGAUUUGUUUGUCUGAAUCCAGAGAUGCAUGUAUUCUAAGCUAGCUUAUUUUCUACUAGUUAUGUCCCUAGAAGGACUAUGUUCUAUUAAGCAAUUGAUUUGGUACGUGUCUGGAUUGAGUGUAUUUGUUUUAAAAUCAAGAAAAUUUUCUGAAA